AAAAACACUAAAAAAAUAACUAGGCCAUUAAAUCAAUCAGAAAAAUCCUCUUAAAAUUUCACAAAGUAGCAAUCUUUCUCAACAAUAGCAAUCACAACUGCGCCUAUAUAUAGCCUGAUAUGACUACGUGUUGGAAAAUGCUCAUUCGGCCUUGUGUUCUUCGUCACACAAUUCUCUCCACCAAACGGGGUAUCUCCACUUCACAUCCAAUUAUCAUCUCUAAAGGUAGAUUGAGCAGAAGUAGAGUUGCGAAAUUCUUGGCAGUGAGAUCUUCAAUGAGUUCACCAUCUACGCAAGUUGAGCAAGUUGAUAGAUUAUUGAGUGGCCGAAACGAUGACCACGGUGGAGUGAUAGUCGAAAUGACGAAUGAGCCCUUGGAUCCCACUGUUUUUGCUUCCUUGCUCAGAGCCUCCCUUUCCCAAUGGCGCCAGAAGGGAAAGAGGGGUGUGUGGAUUAAAAUGCCUAUAGAGCUAGUGAGUCUUGUUGAACCUGCUGUUAAGGAAGGAUUCUAUUUUCACCACGCAGAACCUAAGUAUUUGAUGCUUGUGCAUUGGCUUCCUAGCACGCCCAGCACUCUACCAGCAAAUGCCUCACAUCGAGUGGGAAUUGGUGCUUUCGUCUUGAAUGAGAAGAAUGAAGUGCUAGUAGUUCAGGAGAAGACUGGGGGUUUCCGCGGAACAGGUGUCUGGAAGUUCCCGACAGGAGUUGUUGAUGAGGGUGAAGAUAUAUGCGAUGCUGCGGUUCGAGAAGUGAAAGAAGAAACUGGAAUCGAGUCAAAGUUCUUGGAAAUACUGGCUUUCAGACAAAGUCACAAAUCUUAUUUCGAUAAAUCGGACUUGUUCUUCGUAUGCAUGCUUCAACCGCUUUCUAAAGAGAUCCAGCCACAAGAAGUAGAAAUUGAGGCAGCCCAGUGGAUGCCAUUUGAAGAAUAUGCGGCCCAACCGUUCAUCCAGAAGCACGAUCUUCUUAAGAAAAUAUCUGAGAUAUGCGCGGCAAAGAAGGAGAAGAGAGAGUAUGCUGGAUUUUCACCGGUGGCGACGACAACAGGAUUCUCUCAGAAGAAGAGCUAUUUGUACAUCAACAGCCAAUGCCUCAACUUAGAGGACUAAUUAAGAUGUUUUUGGCUCUGUAACAACAUUCUAGUUUUCUUUAUAUUGAUACUUAUAUUCAAUUGCUUUAUUUUGAAAAUAAGUUUGUAUUCUUAUUCAAUGUAACAUCGUAUACAGCUUAUUGAAAUUUGAUACUUGUGUUAUCACUAA